AUAUUUAUGAUAUCUCACUUUAUCAUUCAAUCCCAUUUACCCUUAUAUAUUCCCAUUCAUCACUUGCCCUUUAACAAUUCGCGUAGCUCAACAAAUUCAAAAGUAUCAAGCGAUUCAGCUUACUGGAUCUUAUCAAUCUUUUCCAUUUUUGUUUUUCAGUCUCUAAAUCUAGUCUAGAUUGAUAUGGAUAAACAUGGCGAUGUUGGUGAUCAGGAAGCACCAACUACUUUCUCGCUGUGCAAACAUGGGGUGGACUAUAGCUAUUGCAUCACCAAAUGUAGCAGGCCUUCUAAAUCCAUAUCAUCUGACCAUAAUAUGGGUGCGUUGAAGUUCAAAACUAUUUCUCAUUCGGACUCUAAUUAUAUGGUGACAAGGCAAAAAGGCAAAGGUAUUAAACUUUCUGAAGAUGUUAGACCAAAGAAAUCAGAUGCUGGUAAUGUUGUUUUCACAGUCUGGGAGUUCUACAUAAAAGCUGCAACUGAAGAACCUCUCCGCACAGAUCCUGCCCCAGUUGCUUCAUGGAAGGGAAGCUUCAUGUUGAAAGAUGAAAAGACGAGAAUAGGUUUCCAAGCUCAUCUAACAUCAGAAGGUUACUCAAAGGUGAAUGAGAUUUCUAGAAAUAUGCCAGAAGUUCUUGAGUUUGAGCUCUGUCCGUACCAGGACUUUUUAAGGACUGUUUUUAAGGGAUGUGAACCUGAUGACAAAGACAUAGGAUUAUACUUUUUUCCUAAUGACAAUGCCAGGCCGGACGGGUACAUGUUCCUCCUACAGCAGUUAUCAAGGAAUCUUUUUUUAAGGAGUUACAUUGAUGGAGUGGAGUUGCUUGUGUUUACUUCCAAAGUUCUGCAAAAAGAAUAUCGUAAGAGGAACAAGUCUUACUUUCUGUGGGGAUUAUAUCGACGUCGUCAUGGAAAGCGCAAAGGUGCGUUCCAAAGCAGUCAAGGGAGAGGAAUUUAGACAUUCCGCCAGGACAAUUGGAGUUGGCCUAGAUUCUGGUUCGACAGUCCAGAAUCCAGAUUAAUUAUUACAUGCACCUCUUUUACCGGAGGCACUUUUUCUGGUCAGAUUUGUAGGAGGUACUUAAUUUCAAGGAUUUAUGGUGAUGGAAAAGAAGCCUCAGGUGUGAGAAUGUUGUUUCUUUGGUUUCAAAUGGAAUGUUUGUUGGGUGUCAGUUGAAAUUAUUUGCUUAAUAUUGCAGAUUUUAAAAUGUUUAAUGACUGCUGAAAUUGUGAGGGCUGGAUGCCUUGAAAAUAUAAGUAGCAGACUUCCUGAUUU